AUGACCACAGAGAGCUUUACAGAGCUCCUGAAUAAGCUCAAGGAAAUCCAUGAAAAAGAGGUCCAAGGUCUGCACAACAAGCUGACGGAGCUGACGACAGAGAAGUGCUGUGAUGCUCAGAGAAUUGAGGAGUUGUUUGCUAAAAAUCACCAAUUAAGGGAACAACAAAAGGUCCUUAAAGAAAAUGUAAAAGUGCUAGAAAACAGGCUGCGAGCAGGUCUCUGCGACAGAUGCAUGGUCACACAGGAGCUGGCCAAAAAGAAGCAGAAUGAGUAUGAGACCUCCCAUUUCCAGAGUCUGCAACACAUCUUCAUCCUCUCUAACGAGAUGAAUCGCCUGAGGGAAGAGAACAAAACUCUCAAGGAAGAACUGAAGAAGCUCCGGAGCCUGGAAGACAGGACAAAGACUCCAGGAGUCACCUCCAGAGAAAGCAGCUCCACACCAAGCUCCCCUUUGGCUUUACUGUCCCCAGUGAGCAGGAGUGUUGCCACUGAGAAAGCAGCUCACAGAGAAGCAGAAGAAUCCCACCAUGACGUGGAGGACCUUGAGUUGGGAGAAGAAAAACCUGCAGCACAGAGAAGGUCUCCAAGCAGCAGGAGUUCCUCAGGUACUGUCCUCCAAGAAGUCAGCCUUGCCGAAAUGGCAUCCCAGAGGAUCUCCAACCAGCUGCAUGGAACCAUUGCCUUGGUGAGACCUGGCUCCAGACCCUGCCUCCUGGAAAAAAGUCCUUCAGGAGCAGCAGUGUCCCCACCAGCAAGAAAGACUCCUCUCCCUCCAGAGCGUGAGCACAGUCCCAGCCUUGAGGCCUAUUUAUCAGCAAGCAAACUGGACUCUUCAAAGGUUGCUCCAUCCUAUGAAAACCUAAAACUGACUGCCCGGAGGGAGCAGCUCUGCCUCCUUCAUAAGCACCUUUCCCUGCACCACCUGGGGCUGGCGAGUCACUGUGGCUCAGCUGAUCGGGACAAGCAGCUUCUCCCCAAAGACAGUGACAGCAGGACACGGUCAGGAGACAGCUGGGAAGAUCACGCAGCCUUGCUGAAGCUCCCUGCUGCCAUGGUGUAUGUGAGAGAUCAGCAUCUGGAGGAGAAGCUACACCUCCUCAAGCACCGGGAGCGGCUGCAGCAUCUCCUCAUGCAGCAGUGCCAGCCAGGCCAGAGGGCAGAGAGAGACCCAAAGCUCACACCUGAGGAGCGACCCCUCUCCCCAUGGCUGAGGAUCACAGCAGGGUGUAAGGAGGAAAGGUCCUUCCUGGAGGAUGCUGCGGAUGGGAAGGAAGAGAAGGAGCUUUGGCUGAGCCGGGACAGGUCCGAGCUCCGAGUAAAGGUGAAGGAACCAAGGGAAGAUGAUGCAGACACACCGCUGGAUCUGUCAGACUCCAGCCGUGGCAGGGAAGCAGACUGGCACAACCACAGGGAGGCACAGGGGUCUGACAGCCCUCGGCUGAGCCCCAGGGAGAGCCCCACUGUGCUGGCAGCCCGUGGUCCCAGCGGGAGACACGGGGCACAGCGGGACAACCCACGCUUCCCCUACCACUGGCCCAGUACCACCCGGGCACUGCCUGGUGCUGCCAAGAAGGAGGAGGAGGAGGAGGAAGAGGAUGCAGCUGUGCUCACACUCUCACGGGCACAUCUGACAAACAACUCCACAUCAAGUGACCCAGAGGCCCUUCCAGAGACUGGAGUGAGACGGGAUGUGAGUGUACAGAAGGGAGAAGAAGAUGACAAUGAUGCUGAGUCUGGGAAGCAGGAAUCCGAUGAGCCAGAUACGACGGACAGUGAGGAGGCUGCCCCGUAUGAAGACGAUAUCGUACAAGAAGGUGAGGCUGAUGGGAAAUACUUUUGCACCAAAGAUAAAGCUCAUGUGCUGCAGAAGAAAAGAAAAAGAGGACAGGAUUCCUGGACAAAAGGAGCUAAAAAGUCAAUGAGAGGAAGAAAGAAAAUCAAAGUGGAGCAGUGCCCAGUGGGGAUCACAAAGGAACUGGAGAAUUGCUCUGCUUCCCACAAGGACAGCUCUGAGGAGAGCUAA